CCCUGGGGGCAGGAGUCCCUGCGGGGGCGGGGCCAGAGCGGGUGGCUGGGCGGACUCCCGCUCGAUUCGUUCGGUACUCGCUGGCUCCGGCCUGACUCGGCGCUCGGCUACUCCUCCUGGGCCAGCGGCCGAUUCAGGUAGAGAGCCCGGCACCAGCACUGGCACCAUGUCCACGGCCAUGAACUUCGGGAGCAAGAGCUUCACGCCGCGGCCGCCGGACAAGGGCGCCUUCCCCCUGGAUCACUUCGGUGAAUGUAAAGUAUUUAAAGAGAAAUUCAUGAAGUGUCUGAGAGAGAACAGCUUUGAGAAUGCUUCGUGCAGACUGGAGUCAAAGGAAUAUUUAGAAUGCAGAAUGGAGAGGCAACUUAUGGCUAAGGAGCCAUUGGAAAAAUUGGGAUUCAAAGAUCUAACAGAUGAGAAAUCAGAAGCAAAGCAUAAAAAAUUAUAAUGAAGAAAAGACAACUCUACCUAUGUAUGGAAAUCAUGAUGCUAUUGUAGUACAUAUUGUACAUUCUUUUUAUAUCUUAAUAUAUUCUCUCAAGGGUUGGGGGAAACCAAAGCUUUUUAUUCUAAAGUAAGAGCUCUGAAAGAAUAAAAGUGCUUUCCUUAGAAAAUACCAUUAUGUUAACUAUUUCACAAGAAAAACAGUAUUUAGUUAAUUUCUUAGCAUAGGCUUGCAGAGCAAUAAGAAAAAUUUGCAUCAGAGAAAACAAAUGCCAUUUAUCAACAUGUUCUUAUUCUGUUAGAUAAAUAACUCUUUGAAAUAACGAAGAUCCUCCAAUGGGUCUAAAAGGUAAAAUCUCUUGUUUGGACAAAUUGUAUUAUAAGAUGAAAAAGCUGGUUUUACUAGUAGGAGACUCGGGCCUGCUUUCUCUUCUCUAUUAAUUACAAGUGUUGUUCUCUUCCGUACCUGUGUAACUGGACAUCAAAACAUUAUAAUAAACUUAAUUUUAUUAUUGGA